CUUCAUUGUUAUAUCUAUUUGAAUUUAAAAAAUAAAAAGAAAAGGAUUGACACAUAUGAACAUAUGUAAAUAUUAUAUAUCCCAUACUUUUCAUGUGUACUCUGAACCCAAGUCUCGUCACUUGUUAGCCAUUUGUUAUUAUUUGUUGAUUAGUGUUAAUACUAAUUCUAUAGUAUGUGGGUAGGCAUGUCUUGCAAAAGUUGAGUCUUUAAAUACAGAUCUUAAACGCCAGCUGAAAUUCACAAGCAAGAAGGUGACUUUAAGAAAGAAAAUAUUUUCUGUCUGGGUGAUCAGAGUAAGUUCGAGACAUGGGAUCAAGGAAGACAAGUUUGAUCCUUGGUUUCCUAGGGUUUUUGUUUCUGGAUAGCCUGCUGUUUUGCUCGGCUUACAAUGUCCACCACUACAGCUUUCUUCUGAGGGAGACGAACUUUACAAGGCUGUGUACGACAAAGAGUAUGUUUACGGUAAAUGGUCAAUGGCCUGGCCCAACCAUUCAUGUUCGCAAAGGUGAUAAGGCAUUUGUCAAUGUUCACAACAAUGGAGACUAUGGUGUCACUAUUCACUGGCAUGGAGUGAAGCAACCAAAAAAUCCAUGGUCAGAUGGUCCAGAAAAUAUUACACAAUGCCCUAUUAAACCUGGAAAGAAUUUCACUUAUGAAGUCAUAUUUUCUGAUGAGGAAGGAACUCUUUGGUGGCAUGCCCAUAGUGACUGGUCCCGCGCCACAAUCCACGGUGCCAUAGUCAUCCUGCCUGAAAUUGGAAAGACUUACCCUUUUCCCAAGCCCUACGCUGAGCAAGUGCUUAUACUUGCGGAAUGGUUUAAUGGAGAUGUAAAGGAACUUAUUGACGAGGCCACUUCAACCGGUGGUGAUCCAACCCCAUCAAAUGCCUACGCUCUUAAUGGCCAACCAGGAUUUCCAAAUAAUUGCUCCAAUGAAACAUCAUUUCGUUUUCCAGUCCAAUAUGGGAAGACAUAUCUCCUUCGUCUAGUCAAUGCCGGGAUGAAUGAAGAAAUGUUUUUCGGAAUUGCAAAACACAAUAUAACAGUUGUGGCUCAAGAUGCUGCAUACAUAAAGCCCAUAACCACAAGUUACAUCAUGAUAACCCCAGGGCAAACAAUGGAUAUAUUGGUCACAGCAAAUCAAGCACCUAGUUACUAUUACAUGGCUGCUUCUCCAUUCUUUGACUCAAGUGCUCCAUACGAUACUACCAACACUUCAGCUAUUCUCCAAUAUACAGGCACUUAUACAAUUCCAACCACCAUUCCUUAUCCAACCCUUCCUAAUGUCACAGACAAGGCUGCUGCAGACAACUUCACAACUCGUAUAAGAUCCUUGGCUAGUGCUGAGCACCCUGUUUAUGUGCCCAAAAAUGUCACCACACGAAUUUUCAUCACAGUUUCUGUGAACCAGAUAGUUUGUGCCAAUGCCUCGUGCGGGGGUCCAAGUGGUAAUAGGCUAUCUGCUAGCUUGAACAACAUAAGUUUUGUCACCCCAUCCACUGAUGUCCUGCAAGCAUACUAUAAGAGCUUGCCAAAUGUUUUUGACAAGGACUUCCCGAAUUUGCCACCCUAUAAGUUUAAUUUCACUGGAGACGUGGGUAAUAAUACAUUAUACCCAAGCCUAGGAACAAAGGCAAGGUUGAUAAAUUAUGGGGACGUAGUGGAAAUAGUGUACCAAGGGACAAACGUUGGGAAUGCAGAGAAUCACCCAAUGCAUCUACAUGGUUUUAGCUUCUUUUUGGUUGGGACGGGUUAUGGCAAUUUUGGCCUUACCAAUUCAACAAAGACUUACAAUUUGAUUGAUCCACCAGAAGUUAAUACCAUUGGAGUUCCUAAGAAUGGAUGGGCUGCCAUUAGAUUCGUAGCCAAUAAUCCUGGGGUUUGGUUUAUGCACUGUCAUUUGGAACGACAUGCGAGUUGGGGCAUGGACACUGUUCUAAUUGUGAAGAAUGGCCCCACCAAAGAAACAAGUAUUCGGCCACCCCCAGCUAAUUUACCUAUUUGUUCUUAGAUUGGAGAGUGUGAAAAUUUAAUUUAAAAAAAAAAACAAAAAAAAAAAUCUGCUUGGAUCUCUCCGCGGAAUCAAUGCACGGAGCGUUAUCUAAAUAAGAUCUUCCAAGAAAAUUGUCGUUUGUGCAAGAUGUUCAACGUGAAAGAUGAUAGUCGUUUAGAAUUUUUUGAAUUGUUCUCCUGUUUUCUGUAUUCUGCUUCUGGUUUUUGGUUUUCGGGUUUUGAAUAAAGUAUUUAUGGAAAUUUGAUAUC